AUGGCCGAGAAACCCUCAGUCCUGAUCAUCGGGGGUCUGGGCUACAUUGGCCGCUUCCUGGCCCUCCAUAUCCACGAGAACAACCUCGCAUCCGACGUCCGCGUUGUCGACAAGGCCCUGCCCCAACUGGCAUGGCUCGCCCCGGAGUUCCAGGACGCCUGCGCCGGCACCAAAUUCAUGCAGGCCGAUGCAAGCAGAGAACAAGCCCUGUCAAAGAUAUUCGACCGCCCCGACGGUAAACAGUGGGACUACGUCUUCAAUUGCGGUGGUGAGACGAGGUAUUCGCAAGAGGAUGAGGUUUACAAGCUGCGCUCCCUCGGCCUGUCGCUCGCCGUUGGCAAGGAGGCCGCCAAGCGCAAGGUCAAGGCUUUCAUCGAGCUCAGCACCGGCAUGGUCUACAAGCCCGACUCGUCCCCGAGCAAGGAGACCGACAAGCUGAAGCCCUGGAGCAAGAUCGCCGUCUACAAGCUGCAGGCCGAGGAGGAGCUGGCCAAGAUUGAAGGACUGAACCUCAUCAUCGUUCGGUUAUCCCACGUCUACGGCCCCUACGCCUCGCAAUGGGUCGCCACAGGACUGUGCAUGGCCCGCACCUACCAGUACCUCGAGAAGGAAAUGAAGUGGCUGUGGGACAAGGGUCUCCGGCAGAACACAGUACACAUCUCAGACGCUGUGCGAGCGCUGUGGGACAUCACGACGUGGUACGACGGCGGAAAGAAGGGCUGGGAAGAAAAGUCCAUGGGCAAGGUGUGCACGUUCAACGUCGUCGACAAGGGCGUGACCACGCAGGGCACCAUGGCCGAGAUCAUCGGCGAGGUAUUCAAGAUCGAGACGGGAUUCCAGGGCCAGCUGAUCAGCACGUUCGCGCGCCUCAACAUGGACAACGUGGUCGACGACGUCAACGACGAGCUCAUGGGCCCGUGGGCCGAGCUGCUCGAGAACGCGGGUAUCGCGCGGCCGGGACCCCUGACCCCCUUCAUGGAGAAGGAGCUGCUCAAGGAUACGGACCUGAGCAUGGACGGCAGCCGCCUGGAGAACGUCGUCGGGUUCAAGUACGAGAAGCCGAAACUGACCAAGGAGCUGAUCGACGAGGUGAUUGAGAGCUACAGAAAGAUGAACUGGUGGCCGUGA